AUGGCCUCGUUCGCGGACGCGCCCGCGGGUGACAUCGCCAAGGGGGCGAAGAUUUUUAAGACGAAGUGCGCGCAGUGUCACGUCGCGGAGAAGGGUGGUGGACACAAGCAGGGCCCGAACCUCGGCGGGUUGUUCGGACGCGUCUCCGGCACGACGGAGGGUUUCUCGUACUCCGCGGCGAAUAAGAACAAGGGCGUGACGUGGAACGAAGAGACCCUGUACGACUAUUUGUUGAACCCGAAGAAGUACAUUCCGGGCACGAAGAUGGUCUUCGCCGGUCUCAAGAAGGAACAAGAUCGGGCUGAUUUGAUCGCGUACCUCAAGGAUGCGACCAAGUAA